UUUCAAUCAAAUGUAACAACCAGCAAUAUCAAUUCAAAAUGUUUCAUUCAAAUCUUUAGCCAAAGUGGAAGAGCACAACACAAUUUUCUCAUGUUAUGUAAAAGCUGAAACAAUCGCAGACAGAGCGUGAAAAAUCUGGUUAUUGAACCACCUGGACCAAGCUUCACUAACCUUGUCUAUCGAUUAACCCCUCAUCCUAGAUUUACACAAACACAUCCACACACACAUGAACCUACUCACUGUAAAUAGUUCCUUCCAAGUAGUCAUGCCUGAACAAGACGAGGAAGAGCUCCUUUGGGCUUCUUCAGCCACAGGAGAGAGGUUUCCGGUUCAGGUGGAUACCAAUCAUCCAAUGUGGAGGGCCUUCCUUGAAUCAGGUUCCCUCUCUCCGAGUCAAUUCUUUCGGGCGUUUUUGGCACCCAAUUCCUACUUUCACAGUCCGACCCCUUGGCGCUCCCAUCGAAGAUUGGCCGCCAAAGUGUCUGAACUUCUGGAUUCCUUCAGACCAGGAUCUUAUUCUUACCGGCCGUUUGAGCGGGUAUCCCAACCCAGAGGAGGUCCAACAUGGAGUCGACGGCACAGAGCUCUGCAAAAUCCCUCCCCACCUCCCCAACCCCAUGGGGAGGUAACUUCCGAACAAGCAGUGCCAUUCAAUGUUCCACACAGCCCCUUCAGUACAAGAUUUCAGGACCUGGAUGAGGUUCGCCGAAGAGUGUAUGUAGAUCUGGGUAGACCUCGACCUUUCUACCGCCGCAGACCUUCGAUCAAUUCUUUGAGCAACAAUGGAGAGGAGACGACCGCAUCGGGUUUCGUGACCCCUGCCACACUCGAGGAUUUAGUCAAGAUCAAUUUGGUGCGCUCUUUAGGAUUAGCCCGACUGAAGGAGAUCCUUACCGGUCAGAACUUCUCGUUGUCUCUUCCCAAGUCGGUCAAGGAAAGAAUGCUAACCUUUAAUUGUGGAGACUUUGAAGAAGUCAGUGAGACAGAUGUUGGGCUCUCUAGUCUAGAUUUGAGAGCACACCCAGCCUCCUACAAAGUCAGAUGUGUGCAUGAUGACCGGGAUUAUUUGGCCAUAUUUGCCACGAGUGAAGUUGACAAGCACAUGAGCAACCUUUGGAGAGAAUAUGGGGUGUGGAUGGGCUCGCAAUGCCCGAAUGUGGUGCCUAUUCUUGGACUGGCGGCAGAUCCUCUCACAGAAAAUGUGUUCUUCAUCCUCGGGGAACUACCACAGUCUUUGAGUGACCAAGGACUGCAUGUGACCACGUUCUUCGAGCAUUUGAGAGAGGAGUUCCAGGAUCACGGCCUUCCUUUGGAUCUGCUGAAGGGGGAAUGUAUAUUUUGGAAUCCUCAAGACCAGAGAACAGUCUUCCAAAACCCGGUUCUCUACAGUCGUUUCAGAAACAGAUUGAGGAACAAUGGCAUUAUUUUCCAGACAAACAUGAUGAGAGUUUUGGAUCGAGCGGCACGUCACAUUGCCAAUGUUCUACAAGAGGCUUGAUUCACAAUUCACGUGUUUACCGUAUUAGUGUUUCUAAGCACUUUUUUUACAAUAAAUGGUUCAAUUAAUGAA